AUGACGCUCUUUGAUGGCAUCUAUCCCUUUUACCCCCAAUCCAGGAAGCCCUUUGUCUUUGAUGUGGAUACCAUCAUUGUAAUUAUUGUCUUCCUUGUAAUUGCCUUCAGCUUCCUGCUCAUCCUUCCUGGAAUUCGGGGCAGAGCGAGGCUGUACUGGCUUUUCCGGGUCAUCGCAAGCCUUUUUAUCGGAGGGGUCAUCGUUGCUGUCCACUUCACCUCUGACUGGGAGAGGGCGCAGGGGACAGCGAUCACCACGUACAAGUCUUUCAGCCCAGCUAAGGUCCAUGCAGAGAUCGGGCUGCACGUCGGUCUGGCAGGACUCAACGUCACUCUAGUUGGAAAGCCCAUGGAACAGCUCAAUGAAACCAUCAACUACAACGAGCAUUUCUCCUGGUGGUUUGGGGCAAAGUACGACCACGACUUUGACGAAGGCUUGGAGCACGGCCUGCCCAGCCCCAUCCUCUACGUGGCAGAGAAGUUCACCGGGAACAGCCCCUGCGGCCUCCAUCACCUCUACAGAAUGGCAGGGCACUAUGCGUCAGCCACCCUGUGGUUUGCCUUCUGCACCUGGUUGGUCUCCAACAUGCUCUUCUCCAUGCCGGUCCCCGUGUACGGCGGCUACAUGACCCUCGUCACAGGCGCCUUCCUCAUCUUUGCUCUGCUCUCUUUCUCCACCGGGAGGAGUGCUUCCUGCGUCAUCCAAUUCGGCCCCACCUCCUUGCAGCUCGCCUAUGGGGCAUCCUUCUGGCUGACGCUUGCCACAGGGCUGCUCUGCUUCCUGAUCGGAGUCGUGGUGAUAACACUUCACUAUACCUGCCCCAACCUGCUAAAAGCCUUCUUUGACCUGUGCGAGGAGGAGGAGGAGGAAGAGGGGAUGCUGGGAGAAGUGUACAUUAACCCCCACUAUGCUCGAACGAAGCCAGCGCCGGCCAAUUUGAGGCUGACCAUCAUGGACAGCUAG